AUGUUUGCCGAUAUCUUCUAUCUCAUUGACAGAAGCGGUGUGAUUUAUGAAUUGGAUAUUCUUGAAGACGACAGAUAUGGUUGUGAAGUUCUUGGAGAAACCGGAAUCACAACCGAAGGUAAGAUGAAGUAUCAGUCACUUUAUUAUGACUAUGAGACAGAUUACUUCUUCUACUCAAAUUAUGACGGCGGAGAAGAAUCAAAGCUUUAUGCUAUUGAAGCUAUAUUUGACGCAGCAGGAAACGAAAGCUUUAAGACUUACAAGCUUGGCGACUUUGCUGAAAAGGUAUGGCCUGUAGCCGGUCUUUACAGAUGGGAGAACCAGAGAAACGAUGUUGAUGAUUCACAGGUUUAUAUAAGCGGUGACGUAACACUUGGAGAAAAGUCGGCAACAGAGGAAUUUGAAUCAUUUGUUACAGGUGAAAGAAGAAUUCCUUCACUUUCCGAUAAGCCCAUUAAGAAACUUUCAGAAGUAAACGCCGAGGCAGCAGCUUUGGCACAGGCUGCACUUGAAGCUAAGGCUAAUGAAGAAGCAGCAAAUGAAGAAGUAACGGAAGAAACCGAAGAAACAACAGCAACAACUCCCGAUGAGUCUGUUGAUGGUGAAGGCGAAGAAUCGGUUUCAGGCAAUGAAUAA